CUGCACUGCUGGAGGAGAUGGAGCCAGGCUCGCUGGUGGCACCGGGACCACGACGGGGCUGUGGGGGCUGUGUAAGACCCCUGUGCAGGAACUUUGCCCGCGGCUCGUGCAGCUGGGGGCAGCGCUGCCGCUUCUCUCAUGGCACGAAGGGCACCGCGCCUCGGCACCGCGCUCCGGGACGGCGCUGCGCCUCCCAGCACGCCCCGGAGCAGCCGCUGCCCGCGGGGAACGGCCGCAGCCCGGUGCCCCCCGGCCGGGGGUGGUCAGAGCCGGGGGCGGCGGCCCGGGGCGGGGGGGGGAGCGUGGCACAGCUCUGCCCACAGCACAACGCGGGCGGCCUUCGGACUCCCACGUGUGGAGGGAGAGGAUGGCGAGGAGAACGUCCCCGCACCCGGUGACCCCCCCGGAUGGGCUGUCCGUGGAGGAUUCGUCCCUGCCAGAGCUCGGGGUGCUGCAGGCCCCCACCUGAAGGGGCUGAGACGGGAUCCCAGUUCCCCAGCCCCCAGCAAAACAAUGGAGACAGCGUGGGCUCAGCGCCUGGAGGACCCCACGGAGCACGGUGCUGCCGCAGCUCCGGCGCCCACCGCAGAUCUGAGGGCACACAGCGAGGCCGUGGUGUGCGGCAUCUGCAUGGAGCAGGUGUAUGGGAAGGCGCUGCCAGAGGAGCGGCUCUUUGGGAUCCUCCCCAGCUGCAGCCACGCGUUCUGCCUGGGCUGCAUCCGCACGUGGCGACGCAGCCGGGACUUCCCAAGAGCGGUCAUCAAGGCCUGCCCGGAGUGCCGGCUCACCUCUCCCUACUACAUCCCCCACAAGUACUGGGUCUCGGAUGGAGAUGAGAAGCAGCAGCUCAUCAAAAGCUUCAAGGCACGGAUGGGGAAAAUCAGGUGCAAGUUCUUCACACGGAACCGCGGCCGCUGCCCAUUCGGGUCCGACUGCAUCUACCUGCAUGAGCUGCCUCGUGGGCGACCACCGCCGCGGCGUGGCCGGCAGCGCCCGAGGAUGCGCGCUGAACGCAGCCCCUCUCCGUCAGAGAGCUCUGAUGAGGAAGAAGAUGAGUUCCACAUGGUCGAAUGGGCUGUCACCAGCGCUCUGCUGGAGUUGGACUUGCUGUACACAAGUUAUAGCUGUGAGAUGUUCUUUGGGGACGGCAGCGACUCAGACUGAGCCGUGGGACCCCCCCUGGGCACUCACUGAGUGCUUUUGUCGUCGAGGAAGUGUCUUCUGUGAAUGGAAUCAUGCGCUUUUAACGCUUUGAGCUGUUCCUGGCUUUGCUUUGGGGGUGGCUGUGGGAUGGGGGAAUGGGAUGAUCUGGCUGCUGUGUGCCUGGCUGGAGCCCGUGGAGCCGGGCGAUGGGGCGGGUGUGCGGGGCGGUGGGGCUCAGCCCCUUCUGUUGCCCUCUGCUCCUCUGGCAGACGCGGCGGGAGGUUUUAAUACACAGAGGGCUGAGGGCAGUGGGGAGCCGGGCUGCCCCGGGGCGUGUUUUUAAACUGCUUUUACCGAAACCUGAGAAUCACGAAAUAAAACGCGCUGCUGA